UUGUUAAUAGUGUCUUAUUUACAGGCGCGCCUUGCACUUCGUAUUACCACUUUGUUUGGCCGGAGGUUGAUCUUACGCCGCGUGCGGAAGUAAAAAGAGACUCUAUCUUCGAAGGCAGCAUGGAAAAUAUGAAUGCGCUCAAGAAUGACCUUCAAAAUUGUUGCGAGCACAUGAGUCAGUAUGAAAUAGCCAAAGAGGAGAUAGUCAUUCCGGAAGUUUUACCACGUCGACAGAGCGAAAAUUCCAAAGAGGCGGCCAAGAAAAAGACUAAGACCAGAGAGCAGUUUUUAGAGCACCGGAGAAAAAAUGCCUCUAAUUUGUUGAGGUCUUGUGCCAACAUCAUUGAGUCUUUAGGUGAAGAUAUAACAAGGGAAGGGAUCAAAAAAACACCUCAGAGAAUGGCUCAGGCACUGAGCUUUUUCACAGAAGGAUACGAGAUGUCACUAUCGGAGGUGGUCAACGAUGCUAUUUUCUCUGCCGAAAGCAGUGACAUGGUGAUUAUUCGCAACAUUGAGAUUUUUUCUAUGUGCGAGCACCACUUCCUUCCAUUUUUUGGCAAACUGCACGUUGGGUACCUUCCUAGGGGACAUAUCAUUGGACUGAGCAAGAUCCCGCGGAUCGCGGAAAUUUUUUCUAAACGCUUGCAAGUUCAGGAAAGAUUGACGGUAGAAAUUGGCCAAGCUAUCCAAGAAGCGAUUAAACCGCUAGCAGUGGGCGUUAUUCUGGAAUGCACUCACUUGUGUAUGGUGAUGAGGGGUGUUCAAAAGCCAGGUUCUAGCACGGUGACGUCCAGCAUGCUAGGGUUAUUCAGAGAAGACGGCGAAUUAAGAAAGGAUUUUUUAUCAAGUAUAAAUAGAUAAAGCGCAUUGAAAACGGGUCGAAUAGGGAGAGGGAUGGCGAACUAGAAUUUUUGUAGCAUUCGCGGUCUGAAGCAUAAUAUUUUGUCAUCCUCAAUAAAGAAUUUUAACUGUACAACAAC